AUGCAGUCCUCCGAACCUUCCAGAAACGACGCUCCAUACGAUGAGAGUUACUCUCCGAGCUGCUACAUCACACAUAAUAACUUUGAGUUCUGCGGGUAUAAUCUGAAGAUCGCCCAAAUUCUGGGCGCUAAUCUGGGCGUGUCGGCGUAUGUCUGGGACGCUAGAGUAAACAUCUCCCGACAGUCCCCAGACCCUGGAGGGUCUGCUUGGGAUAUAUUUCGAGCAUACGCGUUUGAAUACGAGCAAUUUCGCUUCCACGCGCUUUCUUCCUCCGGGGUGGCUUCAACGCGAGGGCUGGCCCUUUGCCGGUAUUUUGAAAAGAAAAACAUUAACUUCAGCGGGAAGAAAGUGAUUGAAUUGGGAUCGGGCACCGGAAUCGUCGGGAUUUUAGCGACGCUACUGGGUGGCGAUGUAACCAUAACGGAUAAACCGGAAGUCCUGAAGCAAAUCGAAACAAAUGCCCAAGUAAAUGUUCCCAGUGCCUGCAGACAUCGCUUGCAAAUCCGUCCGUUGACAUGGGGCGAAGAUCACACGAACUUUCCUGCUGACUAUGAUUUUGUCUUGGGUUCAGAUAUUGUAUACAGUUCAGUUACCUACCCGGCUCUAAUGGAGACCUUUCGUUAUUUCACCAGUCAAGGGGCUACAAUCUAUCUCUCUUCAGAAUUACGAAAGAGGAACGGAUCUCCUUCCUUCCAUGACGAGAGUUUGCCCCAGUAUUUUAACUGCCAGAUUGUUGACAGGUUAGAGAACAAACAUAUUAUUCUAUACAAAAUGACUAAAAUCGAUAAAAGUUCUGAGCAUGAUCUCCCAAGUAAUGAUAGAAAUCUGCUUUUGACUGAACCCGACAUUGGGGCUCAGCCAACCUCCCUAUCACUCAGUAACUAAAAUCCAAAAGAAACAUUUAACAUCUCCGCAAUAUUUUAAAUUCAUUCCUAUUUCUCCGUAUCGACCAUCUACCAGCUGACAUCAUUUGUCGGGGUUCAAUUGUUUUCUAAAAUCUUGGCCAAAUCAUGAUGAUAGAGGGAUCAAGUUGGUGAACGUUCCCAUAUCACCCAGGGAAAGCAGUAAUGGCCACAGAUUACCCCCACGUGCAGCUUCCGAUGGAUACUUUGAAAUGGUAAAUUAUAGCAUUCAUUUCAAUGAAUCUGUUAUUUUAUGAGCUUGUCCUGCUAAAAGAGCAGACAAGUUGACGGUUUCAUCAACAUCGCUAAUACUACUGCAAGCAACUUUAGCUCCAAAGUGCACCACUAUCUCCUUUGGUCACCAGUAACACUCGUUCAAGUGAUUCAAGACCAUUAGCUUUGACCCUGCCAGCAUCAUAGGCAUCACAAUUAAAUACUGCGGCUAGAAACGUCUGGUUUCAGGUCGAUCCUACCGAGUGAGCUAAGAAACAUCCUAUAGCGUAGUUGUGUAGAUCCUACAAUUAAAGUGAACUGUAUCCUGUUGUGUGGGUUAUGAACUGCAUCUUAUAUUAUGGGUUGUGAGCUGUCUCCCAUAGUGUGACUUGUGCUACGUGCUAUAGUGUGAUUAAACUAUAAUCUACAGUGUGGGUUAUGAUCUACAUCCUAUGGCAUGGGUUGUGAUCUACAUCCUAUAGUGUGGUUGUGAACUACAUCUGACUGUGUGGGUUGUGAGCUACAUCCUACAGUGUCGGCUGAACUAGUAACUAUCGAAAAGCAAGUUUAGGAUCCUCCAUUAUCCCUACGGUCAUCAGUCCUCUGCUGAUUACUUUCUGCGCAAAGAAAUUACUUUUAAACUCAGAUUGUUUAAAAUAACUCUAUUAAUAAUUAUACAUAAGUUGAUUUUCAAGGUAAGUAUGGAACCGUGUGUUGAGAUUAGUAUAGCUGGAUGACUAACCUUUUCGGUCCUGAAUUCAUUGCAUUAGCUAAACCCAUUACUCUGGAAACGGAAUCCCCUG